UCGAUCCGUGAAAGUAGAAAAUCAUCGCUCGGACUGCCACCACGUAUAGGAACCAACGUUAAAUGCAAUGAGUUUAUUCGGGAGUCUAGCUCCAGGACCCGUGAGCUCUUUUAGGGGGUGUGACGGCGCUGAUGGCACUGCUGGCCUCCGAACGCUAGGAGACGCUGUAAUCUACGUGGGGGCUUCUUGGGAACUGGGAGCUCACUGCGCAAGCGCACUGAAGGCUUUUUUUUUUUUUUUCCUUCUUUUCCUCCGUUGGCACGUGUGAGGCUUUCCAGCAAAGUUUUGGAGGAAAAUGCCCAAAUUCAAGGCGGCUCGCGGAGCUGCGGGUCAGGAAAAACAUGCGCCCCUGGCUGAACAGAUCCUGGCUGGGGACGCGGUGCGGGCAGAAGCCCGGGAAAAGCGGCGGGGUCGUGGGACCAGAGAAGAGGAAGAGUAUGUGGGGCCCCGGCUGACUCGACGGAUUUUGCAGCAAGCACGGCAGCAGCAGGAGGACCUCGAGGCGGAGCAUGGGACUGGGGACAAGCCCGCAGCGCCACGCGAGCGCACCACGCGGCUGGGUCCAGGAGUCCCGCAGGAUGGAUCAGAUGAUGAGGACGAGGAGUGGCCCACCCUGGAGAAGGCUGCCACAAUGACGGGGGCGGGCCAUCAUGCGGAGGUGGUCGUGGACCCUGAGGAUGAGCGUGCCAUUGAGAUGUUCAUGAACAAGAACCCUCCUGCCAGGCGUACCCUGGCUGACAUCAUCAUGGAGAAGCUGACUGAGAAGCAGACGGAAGUUGAGACGGUUAUGUCAGAGGUGUCAGGCUUUCCCAUGCCGCAGCUGGACCCCCGGGUUCUGGAGGUCUACAGGGGGGUCCGGGAGGUGUUGUCCAAGUACCGCAGUGGGAAGCUGCCCAAGGCCUUCAAGAUCAUCCCUGCGCUCUCCAACUGGGAGCAGAUCCUCUACGUCACAGAGCCCGAGGCCUGGACUGCAGCCGCCAUGUACCAAGCCACAAGGAUUUUCGCCUCUAACCUCAAGGAACGCAUGGCUCAGCGCUUCUACAACCUUGUCCUGCUCCCCCGGGUACGAGACGACAUCGCUGAGUACAAACGACUCAACUUCCACCUCUACAUGGCACUUAAGAAGGCCCUGUUCAAGCCUGGAGCCUGGUUUAAAGGGAUCCUGAUCCCACUGUGCGAGUCUGGCACCUGUACCCUGCGGGAAGCCAUCAUCGUGGGUAGCAUCAUCACCAAAUGCUCCAUCCCUGUGUUGCACUCCAGCGCAGCCAUGCUGAAAAUUGCCGAGAUGGAAUACAGUGGUGCUAACAGCAUCUUCCUGCGACUGUUGCUGGAUAAGAAGUACGCGCUGCCGUACCGCGUGCUGGACGCCCUGGUCUUCCACUUCCUGGGCUUCCGGACAGAGAGGCGCAAACUGCCUGUGCUCUGGCACCAGUGCCUCCUGACUUUGGUCCAGCGCUACAAGGCAGACCUGGCCAUGGAUCAGAAAGAGGCCCUCUUGGAACUGCUCCGGCUGCAGCCCCAUCCACAGCUGUCCCCCGAGAUCAGGCGUGAGCUUCAGAGCGCAGUCCCCCGAGAUGUGGAAGAUGUGCCUGUCACCACGGAGUGAGGAAAGUGAUUUGCCCUGGUCUGAGGGGCAUGAGGGGACACCAGGAUUCCCUGUUGGUGACACGGAGCUUUUACAGCUGAAGUCGGGACAGUGAGAGAGGUCACAGGCAUCUGUGACUCCCGAUACCUGACAGGGAGGACUGGAGGGUCUGGCUGGCUCCCUCUUCCCUUCCAGGUCUUCGUCCCUACUCGGUUCUGAGACCUGACUUGAGGUGCCCCACACCAGCGUUCCCACUCCCUGGCUGGGGCUUGGAAUAGGUUCUUUAUCUCAGGCUUUUGUGUCACGUCACUGGGAUGUGGGGAAAAAACCAAAGGCAGGUAUUUAUUGAA